AUGGUCAAGUGUAGAUACGUGCUUUUCUUUUACCUUUUUAUCGUGACAAGCAAGUUUCGAACCAGUGAAAGUUUAUUACAAUGUUAUCUUUGUGCUGAUUGUGGUGAUCCGUUUAGUGCAGCAUAUCCGUACACAAGUGUUGUAACAAAUCAAAAUUACGGUGCAGCUUGUAUUAAAACAGUUUUAACUGUGCCUAAUGGAAAGUUAGUCAGUCGGGGUACAACAUUCAGCUGCACACAAGCAUCCACAAGUGAUAUUAAAGUAUAUUGUUGUCAAUCGGACCUCUGUAAUACGUCAAACUCAUUGAAACAUCUAACAUCUCUUUUAUUGAUUUCAUUGAUUAUGUAUUUGAUUUGCUUUUGA